AUGGGUCUCUUCUCAAGUUUCCUCGCAAGUUUCUGCGAGCAUUGCUCGACGCAGUCAAUCUACACUCUAUUCAGCGUCGGGGCCCUGUCCUUCAUUGCGCUAUCAGUGGUGAUCAAUGUGCUACGCCAAUUACUCUUCAAGAAUCCCCAUGAGCCCCCUGUGGUUUUCCACUGGUUCCCCUUUGUUGGAAGCACUAUCAGCUAUGGCAUGGAGCCGUACAAGUUCUUCAACGAGGCACGCGCAAAGUAUGGCGACAUCUUCACAUUUGUGCUCCUGGGCAAGAAGACCACGGUCUACCUAGGCACCAAAGGCAAUGAGUUCAUCCUCAAUGGCAAGCUUCGCGAUGUGAACGCCGAAGAGGUUUACUCCCCCCUCACCACCCCCGUCUUCGGUCGUCAUGUCGUCUACGAUUGCCCCAACGCUAAGCUCAUGGAGCAGAAGAAGUUUGUGAAAUUUGGUCUUACCUCCGAGGCACUCCGGUCCUACGUCCCAUUGAUUGCCAAUGAAGUCGAUGAAUUUGUGAAGAACUCUCCAGCUUUCCAGGAUCCCAAGGGCACUUUCAAUGUAUCCAAGGUUAUUGCCGAGAUCACGAUCUACACAGCAUCCCGCUCGCUGCAAGGACAGGAAGUCCGGGACCGGUUUGAUUCCACCUUCGCUGAAAUGUACCACGAUCUCGACAAGGGUUUCGCUCCUAUCAACUUUAUGCUGCCUUGGGCUCCGCUCCCCCACAAUCGCAAGCGCGAUGCUGCACAGAAGAAGAUGGCUGAAACAUAUAUGGAUAUUAUCAAGGCGCGCCGUGCAUCUGGUGACAAGAAGAACUCCGAGGACAUGGUUUGGAACCUGAUGUCGUGCACCUACAAGGACGGUACCCCGAUCCCCGAUGAGGAGGUCGCCCACAUGAUGAUCGCAUUGCUUAUGGCCGGCCAGCACUCUUCGUCCUCUACUGCGGCUUGGAUCGUUCUGCGCCUGGCCACAUGCCCUGAGCUUAUGGAAGAGCUUUACGCAGAACAGCUCAAGGUUCUCGGCUCCGAUCUUCCUCCUCUUACUCACGAAGGCGUUCAGAAGCUCGACUUACAUUCCAAAGUGAUCAAAGAGACUCUCCGUAUUCAUGCUCCUAUUCACUCCAUCAUCCGUGCCGUCAAGAACCCCAUGGUCGUGGAAGGCACUCCCUAUGUUAUUCCCACCACUCACAAUCUCCUGUCUUCGCCCGGUGUUACCGCCCGCUCUUCGGAAUAUUUCCCUGAACCUCUGAAGUGGAAUCCCCACCGCUGGGAUGAGGCUGAGAUCCCCAAGGACGAAGAUGAGGAGCAGAUUGACUAUGGCUAUGGACUCGUCACCAAGGGUACCAACAGCCCCUACCUGCCUUUCGGUGCUGGCCGCCAUCGCUGUAUUGGUGAGCAGUUCGCCUAUGUGCAGCUUAGCACAAUUCUGGCUGCCUUGGUGAGACAUUUCAAGUUCUCCACCCCUAGCGCCGAGACGCCCUUCCCUGAGACAGACUAUUCGUCCCUGUUCUCCAAACCUUUGGGUACAUCCUUUGUUCAGUACGAGAAGCGUGGAGUUAAAGCAUGA